AUGGAGGACAUGCCUGUCUCGUCCAGAGCAGACUUUGAGUCUCUUCCACCGGCGGUACAACGAAAGGGUAAGCGAAGCUCCAUCGCAAUCGCAUUGUCUAUUAUUGAUGUGAAUGUAUUUGACAAGUCAAUUGGCAAGACUGAUGAUUGUGGAGGAAGUUGGAUGCAGUUGGUUCCUUUUGCUUUGACGGCCUCAUCACGUGCUCUUACCUUUUCUUCCUGGUCCAAACUUCAACCUCGUCAUCCUCCUCAACUUCAUCUUCUCCAUCUUUUACGCAUCUCAUCAUCAUGUACAUCUACUCGGUCAUGCAAGAGAGGGAGUCUGAAGACAAUCAAUCAAAUUGUCCUGUCUAUCCAAGCCACUUCGGAGACUCUCCAGAUCCUCCUGGUGGGCCUCGGACAGCCUAGUCAGGCAAGCUUACAUCCACGCCAUCAUGCUCAACCAGUCCACGAGUCCACGGCAAAACUGCCGCUCCCCAUAAGCCACCAUUCACGCGCUAGAAUUAUAACACCUUCUUCCUCCACUUCUUCCCUUGCACACCAAGGCCAACAAAAACAGCGCAGUCCUCGCCAAAAACUCCAUCUUCGUCGAAUUUCCCCUCUCACCGCUCGGCGUGGCACGAGUAAUCGUCUUACUCGUCUGCCUGUGGGGAAUGAUCUGGCUCUAGUCAACGAGUACUUGCAAUGCUUUCAUUCUCUUCCGCCAAAGAUCCAAAAAGUGAUUUUUUCACCGGAAGAGCAACAGAUUUUGCAACGAAUAGCACCUACAGCAACAAUCACCGACGCUGCCGAUAGGGCGCUUUUCAGACUCGAAGAAAGGCGUAGAACUGGCCGCCGUCGACAAUCGCUGGGGACGGUCUCUACUUCAAGCGAUAGACUUGCCCGAAGAGGUCGUCGUCAUCGUCGAAGAUCUAGACUUGACCGUCCGUCUUCUACAAUUCGGUCCUCACUCCGUUCUUCAGUUCCUUCCUCGCUACCUUCUACUUCUGCAGAAGACCCUUUUGCCGAUACGACCGACGCCAUCGAGACCACCGAUACCGUUGCUGAUCCUAACGACUCUGGAAUCGAAAUGGAGGAAUCUAUUCUCGACAGUUUCCGGUGGCUCGACGAGGACGAGGAACUCGAUCUGUCGUUGGACAGUUACCACAAAUAUGUUGCUGAUACGGCUCUGUCGUCGCAACAUGUUCAACAAUCUCCACGCCGAAUGCCUUCUUUCCGCCGAACACUAUCCUUGGCUAAGAAUCGGAAUUCAAUAUUCAUGGGGAGUAGUGGUCGGGGCUUAAGUUCUAGUCAAUCAUCUACACUUCAUUUUUCUGCAGCCGGCAGCGGAGCUCAUAACAAUAAUAAUCGAACCGACAAUUACCAUGGCCGUCAUGCACCCCAUCGGUCGACAUCUUCCAUUGAUCCAGCUGCACAAUACUACCAGGAUCCGGAAGCUCGAUUGAAAUUACGAGUCUAUCUGGCAUCACCUCAAAAGUUUGACGAGGCAAUCGAAUUUGGGUUCCCGUCUUUGGACAAGGAGAAUAGCGAUACCAACAACCCACGCCGACAUAACAACAACCGGGAUUCGAAACGGAUAUCGCAGAUUUCUGCAUCGACUCAUGGAACUCAUGGAUGGACAUUCCUGGAUGAUGACACAUCCAUUGACUUGAGUCUAUUCGAUUUGACGGAUCCUCCACCACAAACCCAACAAUCGAAGAAAUCACGACGCAGUCAUGAUAAGACUACCCUAAGCCCGAAUAUCCGCGAACUCACAACCUCUCAUUCACGCUCUUCUUCUACCAUAGACCCACACCUCCAUCGUCGUCCGCAUCCUCUGAAGCCAAUCGAAGGAAAUGUCAAUGGCAAUCCACGCCCUGCUACUGGCGGUCAUCGUCGUGAGAUGACUUUGAAAAUGACCCUCACAAGACCUGAUUUACGAACAGCCAGUGAUAUCGGUCCGUACGGCCAUGAUCGACAUGAUGAUCCUCUACGGUUGGCAGAAUUGCCACCUGCAGACGAAUCAUGUAAUAUCUGGGAUGAUAUUCCUGAAGAAAAGGGCGUGGUGAAGAAGAUGUGGCGUAAACUUCGCUCAUGGAGAGAUUGAUCGCCUCUCCCAUCUCGCCUCUUGAAAGUUUUUAACAUUGAUACCUUUUUUAACUCUCCAUUCAUGUGCAUACUUAUACGAGCAUUUACCUUUCAGCUCAUACCAUCGUUUAACUUUGCGGAUGACAUUACAUCAAGCGUUCCCUCAUUUACAAUCUCUUUUUUCUUGGAUAUGAUUAUAUACCCUCUCUUGUUGUGACAUUACAUUUCUUUUACCUCUGAUUUAAUGGGCGAUUUAUACAUAUUUAUUAUUCAUUGUAUCUACUAUUUAGCAUGCAUCUUCAUACUAUUCGAGCUGGAUACAGGAUUGGAUUCGUGUUUGGGGGUUACCUUGCUGGCUCGUUGGUAGUUAGUUAAUUAGUCAAUGCCAAUAAUUCAAUCC